CGCCGCCACGUCCUGAGCCGCCCAUCUAUGCAGCCGACGACGACGGGCUGGCUCCUCCUCCACCCAUGCGCCCCUCCCAAUCUCCAUAGCCUCCAACGACCAAAUCCAUCUCCUGCCUCCUGGAACUAGUCCUGCCAGUGCGCCGCGUCCGCCGCCGGUGAAUGCCCUCCGCAAGGACUGCCCCUAGCCCCUCUGCUCCGGCGCUCCUCGGUCGUCCCCGGCCCUUUGCCUGGUCGCUAGGGACGUGCUGCUCCACGCCUGCUCCUGCCGGGGGCCGCCGCCUGCCGCGCCGGCUCUGGCGCUUUGCUCCGGCCAAUCCCGGGCUGCUCGCCUGCUCGGCAGGACUCUGCCGCCCAGGACUUGCUGUCAACAAACAGCAAGCAGGCUGGGAAAAAGAAGAGGAAGAUAUAUUUCAUUGCAAGUUUCAACACCCAGUGUUUCAGUUGGACUGAAUCAACUCCACAAAUUGGAACAACCAUAGAUUGGACCACCGCCUUUGGCUUCAAACAACCCGCCUUCAAUCUCAACUCGAGAAAGUACCUCUUUUGUAUCCCAUACUCUUUUUUUGAAGUUUUUGGCAUGUUUUUAUCUAUUUUGUUGUAUCAUUAAGAAUUGAGUUUAAAUUCUAGAGAGACAUACCAUUUGUCCAAAAGUAUCAAGCAUUGGAUGUAAAGUGGACAACCUAUUCGGUACUGAAACAAUAUGUGUAGCAUGUAUGAAGCUGAAUCAUGCUUAUAACACUGAAGAGCACAGUAACUUCCAUAAUGCAAGUAAGUAGCUGCAAUCUUCCAGGAUUUUUUAUAAAUAAAUCAGCAACAUGCCACUCACCUAAGUUGUCUUUUCAGCGUAUCCUACCAUGCGCCAAUGAGGGAAGUGGUAGUGUAUCCUAAAAAUCCCCUUUUCCUGAAGCUGUAAACACAUGCAGCAACUGAUCGUGUGCAUUAGAAUGCACUGUUUGAUAAUUACUCUCUUAGGCCCUGGUUGCUAACUUUGUAAAAAUAUGCAACCGGCUACCCUUCAACAAUUGCAAGUCACUUGGGAACUGUUUGGUUUCCAGCCAAAUGUUGCCAGACCUAUGGUUAGGCACACAUAAUUUCUGAGGUGAGUGAGUGUUUGGUUGGCUGACACAGUUGUGGCUUGCGACUUUACUAGUCACAUGAUUAAGGAGUAUAUUUUGGCCACACUUUUGUGGCAAGCCACACUCUGUCCCGAGGGGUAACAAUUACUACUUUUGGCUUAGUUGUGGCAAAGUAAGCUUUUAACCAAACUAGGGUGUUAAAUUGGUCUUAAGUUUCAAUCUAGUAUUGUAGAUCAUCACAUAUGUUCUCUGUUUCUUGUUCAAUGAUGUCUUAUCUGACUCGUUAAUCAGUCCAACUUAAUAUCCUUUUUCCUGUUAUCCUUAGAACAAAUAUAUAUGACGUGUAUGCAGUGCAGCCCACUAAUUAUUUAGAUUGCAUUGCAAACGCCCUUUUAUACAUGCUUUUCAUUUUUCAUUCAGGUGGCUGCACAUAUCCUCCAGGUUUCUGUAAUUGGGAAGGAGUGUAUUUCCAGUAUGGUGAUAAUUGUAUAUAUAAUAAUACUGACUGUGAUCAUUGGCCUUUUUUUUACCUUCUGUUGUACCUUGAUUUUUGUAUAUGGUGCUUACCUGAGAUGCACAAGAUCAUCAAUAACACGAUGAUAUAAAGCAGGAAAUUAACACAGUUUUUUAAAGCACCCUAUUAUAUGGUUUUUAUGCUCAGUUUGGAUACUUAGAUAGUCCAACAAUCUUAGUAGUUUUGCAGAAGGAAAGAAGUCCCUACAGCGAUUAGAAAGAGUAAAUAUUUCUAGAUAAUUGAAGGCCCUGCAUAUAUAAUAUCAAUCAUAUGUCCUGUUUUAUAUUUUUGUUUGUUCAUGUGGUGUGUGUUUCCUUUCGAUGUAGCCAGAGUUGGGAUUAGGGGGAGAAAGAUGGCAGCAUAUGUGAAAUUGUAUUGAACUGAGUGGCGUCUUUGCAUAAUAGUUAAACCUACAAUGGCACAUUUCUUUUGAUGUUUUUCAAUUCAAGGUUGAUGAAAUAUUUUAGGAUCCAAUCAUUGAAGUAAAAUAUCUAUGUAUUCCAUGCUUUUCUUGCAAAAAGAUUUGAAUCAGCUUCCAUCUCUUAAAUAACACAUGUAAAGUUAUACACUGACAUAUUUUUUUUGUUUCAUUACUUCGGCAUAUCAAAGGGCGAUGGAUCGAGGUUGGGUGAGUCAACCAAGAGCUAGUGCUGCUUACAAAGAUGGUGUCGAGCAAUUUCUGUCUUUUGCAUUCCAUGAUGUUCCGGCUGGUGAUAGAAUUCUCUGUCCUUGUGUAAAUUGCCGAAAUAAAGCUAUGCAGAGUUAUGAUGGAGUGAAAACUCACUUGAGAUGUGAUGGUAUUCUUCAAGGUUACACUAAGUGGGUUUGCCAUGGAGAGGAUUACAGUGAACCAUCAUUUGCAUUUGCUCAUGUAUCAGAUAACAGUGGCAAUUUUUCUAUUCCUGGCAUCCCAAGGAAUGUUGUUGGAGAAGGCAACCAUGGAAGGAUGGAUGACAUGCCAGGACUCUUAAGUGCUGUCUUUGCUAUGGCUAAUAGUUGUUAAUCUUUAUCAAGCACAUCUGAUGGUGAAUUAGAUGGCGUUGAAUUUGAGAAUAUGGUACCUAAUUCAGUUGAGGAUGAGAAUGCAGAUGCUCAAACAAGGAAGAAACCUAAUACGUAUGCAAGCUUCUUGGAGGAUGCAAACACGGAGUUAUACCCUGGAUGUAAAGCAUUUUCUAAGUUGUCAUUUCUCAUCACCUUGUAUCACAUGAAAUGCUUACGUGGAUGGUCACAAGAAUCAUUUACAACGCUACUUGGUGUUUUGUCUGAUGCACUUCCACACGCACAACUACCAAAGAAGUAUCCGUGGCUUAGGCCUUGACUACGAGAAAAUUCAUGCAUGCCCCAAUGAUUGCAUGCUUUUCCGAGGUGAACGAGCUGAUCAAGAGUCUUGCCAUGUGUGUGGCAGCUCGCGUUGGGUUACAAAUGAGAAGAAAGACUCCCAAGCUAAAUCUGUAUCUAAGCAGAAGAAGAAACUAGCCAAGGUGUUGCGUUACUUUCCUUUGAUACCGAGGAUUCAAAGGCUCUUUGCAACAAGAAAAACAUCAGAUGACAUGCGUUGGCACGAUGAGGGUCGUACUAAAGAUGGAAAGAUACGACAUCCAGCUAAUGGGGAGUGUUGGAAAGAUCUUGAUGCUAGAUACCCCAGUUUUGCUGCUGAUCCUCGUAAUCCGCGCCUUGGCAUUUCGAGUGAUGGAUUUAACCCUUUUCGGAGUAUGAGUUCAAAACAUAGUACUUGGCCAGUGAUGCUUAUCCCGUACAACCUACCGCCUUGGAUUUGCAUGAAAGAAACAUCUCUAAUUUUAUCGAUGAUCAUUCCUGGACCAGCUUCCCCUGGGAAUGACAUUGAUAUAUAUUUGCAGCCACUGAUUGAUGAGCUCUUACAGUUAUGGGAUGGUGUAGACACAUUUGAUGCUUCCUCGCAAGAGAUAUUUCCACUCAAGGCUGCACUAUUAUGGACUUUAAAUGAUUUUCCAGCAUUAGCUUACCUGUAUGGUUGGAGCACAAGUGGUAAAUAUGGGUGUCCAUCAUGUGGUCCUUCUACAAGAUCAUUUCGCCUGAAUAAGAGUAUGAAACUUUGUUAUAUGGGUCACCGUCGCUGGUUACCACAGGGUCAUGUAUUUCGAAACCGAAGAAGGCGGGAAUUUGAUGGCACUAAAGAGACAGAAUUGGCACCGACAAGUAUGAGUGGUAGUUCAGCUUUGAAAAUGUUGCAAGGCAGAGUGUUUGUGUUAGGCAAAAAAGGCAAUGUAGCAAAGAAAGCAAAGGGCGGAAAGAAGGUCAAAAACAGUGAAAAAGAAAAUGAAAAGAAUCAAGAACCGAAGCGUAAAAGGAAGGCAGACAACAAGAAGUCAAUUAAGAACCAAGGUAAGCCUGAGAAGAAGCCUGAGGAUUGGUUCAAAAAAAAUCAAUAUUUUUCAACUUGCCAUAUUGGGAACUUAACAAGUUAAGGCACAAUCUCGAUGUAAUGCACAUAGAAAAGAAUGUGUUUGAUAAUUUAAUUGGAACGUUGUUGGAUAUUGAUUCUAAAACAAAGGAUGGCCUUAAUGCACGGCUUGAUUUGGCAGAAAUUGGUGAAAAUGGAAUUCGACAUAAUCUUCAUCCUGCUGUAGAUGAUAAUGGAAAAAUAGUAUUGCCUGAUGCACCAUUUACUAUGUCUAGAAAACAACAAGAAAUACUUUGUUCAGUGAUGCACAAUAUUAGGACCUCCGAUGGAUAUGCAUCAAAUUUUUCUAGGCAUGUCAACAUGAAAGAUUGUACAAUCUCAGGUCUCAAAAGUCAUGAUUGUCAUGUUAUUCUGGAAGAUAUUCUUCCUCUAGCACUUCGAUCCUGUUACCCACACAAAGAGGUCAUGGAAAUAGUUAUCGGGCUGUCUAAUUUCUUCAAGAAACUAUGCUCGAAAGUCUUAGAUGUCUCUAAGCUUGACGAACUUCAAGAGAGUAUUGUGAUGACACUUUGCAAUAUGGAGAGAAUUUUUCUUCCAUCAUUCUUUACUAUCAUGGUGCAUCUAAUGGUGCACUUGGUUGACGAAGUUAAACUUGGUGGUCCAGUGCACUAUCGGUGGAUGUACCCCCUAGAGAGAUCAUUUGUUCGGCUGAAAGCACUUGUGCGCAAUAGAGCAUUUCCUGAAGGUUCAAUUGUUGAAGGGUAUCUUGCCCAAGAAUGCUUGACCUUUUGUUCAAGAUUUCUAGAAGGAACUACACGUUUUACAAGACCAUCAAGAAACCCCGAUCCUUCAGACAAGAUAAAAGAUUUGUACAUGUUCCAUAGUGCUGGUGAGCCAAUUGGAAAGGAUGUCCCAGUUGGGCAGUUUAAUAGCCGGCUUCUUAUUCAAGCGCAUCGAUAUGUCUUGCGACAUUGUGAUGAGCUUGCAGAUUUCCGCAAUGAAUUUGUGGCUGAAGAGAAUAGCAAAUGAUGUGACUCAGCUAAUUUGACAGAAGCUGAUACCACUAAGUUAAUUAACGAACACUUUGCUGACUGGUUGGAACAAAAGGUACAUUUUACCGUAUUCAUGUACUCUGAAUUAUAUAGGCACCUGAAUUUAACUAAUUGAACAUACAGGUUUUACAAAGCGAUGGAUCAACUAUUACAGAAAAGGUAAGAGCUUUGGCUGCAAAACCCAACAGAUACGGGGUGCUCUACAGUGGCUAUGUCAUCAACGGCUUCAGGUUCCACACGAUGAGUCAUGAGUCAGGGCAUGUCACACAAAAUAGUGGUGUAGUGAACAUUGCAGAAAAUGGUGUUAGAUAUUAUGGCAGAUUAAGUGACAUCUUUGAAUUGUCAUACAAUGAUUACAAAGUGGUGUUCUUUAAUUGUGAUUGGUACGAUGUCUACCACAAAGUUGGCAUUCAAACGGAUGAGUUUGGGUUCACUCUUGUGAACAAGUCUCGGAAAAUACACACAGGAGAUGAGCUAGAGGAUGAUCCUUUUGUAUUUUCCUCCCAAGUGCAGCAGGUUUUCUAUGUUCAAGACCCAAAAGCUGAACUAUGGAAUGUAGUAGUGGAAGUCAGGCCUCGUGAUCUUUUUGACAUGGGUGUUGACGAAUCAUCGGAUGAAACAGAGUAGAGCAUUGUGCUUUUGGUUCAGGCUGAAGUAUGGUUAAAGCUCUUUGCUGGUGUGGUUCUUUGCAUGCAACUACAAUUUUAGUUAUGGUUUUGGUAGCGGUUUACAAGCACAAAGUCAGAAUGCUUUAUUAUAUAUAGUUUGUGGUUGUAUUUUUUUCGUACUAAUUCAGGGCACAACCCAAGUGUACUUGGUUGUGAAUUUUAAGUUGAUUCUGUAGAAUUUCUGUUCUGGAAAUUAAGUAUCACAUUUGGUUUA